AUGGCUUCUGCGAAUGCACGUGUCAACGGUGUGAACGGUGUUAAUGGGACUGUGAAUGGCAAUGGGGUGGCUCCGGGCGCGGUGCGCGAGUGCGAUGUGCUCAUUGUCGGGGCGGGGCUGUCGGGGAUCAGCACGCUGCACCGCGUGCGGAAGCUUGGGAUGCGGGUGCACGUCUUCGAGGCUGCGGCUGACUUUGGCGGCGUGUGGUAUUGGAACAGGUAUCCUGGUGCGCGCGUCGACUCGGAGACGCCGUUCUAUCAGCUCAGUAUCCCCGAAGCAUAUAAGGAUUGGAAUUUUUCGAAGCGUUUCCCGGAUCAUAACGAGCUGAGGGAGUAUGUUGCGCAUCUCGACAAGGCACUUGACCUGCGGAAGGAUGUGACGUUCAAUUCGAAGGUCAACAGCUGUACCUGGGACAAGGAGUCCUCGCAUUGGACUAUCACGACCGAGAAUGGGCUGACGGCGAGGGCCCAAUUUCUGGUUAUGGCGACUGGACUCCUCCACAGGCCCCACCUGCCGUCAUGGGAGGCCCAGGAAACGUUCAAGGGCUCGAUCUAUCACUCGUGUAACUGGCCGCGAAAGUCGGACCUCACAGGGAAGAAGGUCGCCGUCAUCGGCGCGGGCGCAACAGCAGUGCAGAUCGUGCAGGAGCUCGGUAAGCAGGCCUCGCACCUCGUCAACCUUGUGCGGCGCCCGUCGCACUGCCUGCCCAUGGGCCAGCGCACCUGGACCCCCGAGGAGCAGCGCUCGUGGAAAGCCUUCUACCCGAUGCUCUUCAAGACGGGGCGUGCCAGCCGCACAGGAUUCCCACUCGACCGGCCGAACAACACGACGCGCGUGCAAGACGUCAGCGCGGCGGAGCGCGAGGCGCACUUCGAGACGACCUGGGCGGCAGGCGCGUUCCACUUCAGCAUGAUGAACUACAGCAACGUCGUGACCGACAAAGAAGCGAACCGCAUCGUGUACGAGUUCUGGCGCAACAAGGUCCGACAGCGCUUGACAGACCCGAAGAAGCAGGCGCUCAUGUGUCCAGAUGCGUCGACGUACUUCUUCAACACGAAGCGCACGCCGCUGGAGCACGAUUACUACGACGUGCUGAACCAGCCGAACAUCGAGGUCGUGGAUCUGAACGCGCACCCAAUUGCUGCCUUCACGGAGAACGGGAUGCGUCUUGAGGGCGAGGAUGGCGAGAGAGAGUUCGAUGUCGUCGUGUGCGCGACAGGCUUUGAUUCCUUUACUGGGAGUCUGUGCAACAUGGGGCUGAAGAACAAGGACGGCGUGGACAUGAAGGACGUGUGGAAGGAGGGCGUGCGAACGUACAUGGGCAUCAUGAUGAACGGAUUCCCGAACGCGUUCAUGGUGUACUCCCCGCAGGCGCCUACUGCGCUUUCCAACGGGCCGACCAUCAUCGAGUGCCAGUCGGACAUGAUCGUCGAGACCAUUGCGGCGCUGCGGAAAGAAGGCAAGACGAGUAUUGAGCCUACGAAAGAGGCCGAGGAAGAGUGGAAGAACAACAUGAACGCAAUGGUCGAGCACACGCUCUUUCCAUACACGAAUAGUUGGUGGAACACGUCGAACGUCCCUGGGAAGAAGGCAGAGAAUCAGUCGUACAUUCUGGGUGUUCACUCGUAUGAGCAGGAGUGUCGCGAGAGGCUCGAGAAGUGGCAGGGCUUUGAGAUUGCUGCGGCGUAGGUGGAUGGCGGUAUCUAGACGUUGGUCACACCCACGUAGACGGUUUGGUUUGGAGCGACAUGAGACGAAAGGGGAAGGAAACGGAAUGUAUUGGAUAUCUUUGAACUUUUGACGAAACGCCUCCUGAUGCCGUGCAGCCGUGCAGCCGUGAACGCCGUGUUAUGCAAUGGCCCAGUGAGUUUACAAGGCCUCGAGCUCGAAGUCGUCCACCUUGUCGCG